CGAGGGGGUGAGGAGGGGGAGGGCGAGGGGGAGGGAGGGGGAUGGGCUCUCUGGGCAGCCGGUUGAGUCUGCCCCGAGCACCCGUGUGCGAGUGUGAGCGGAGGAAGAGGAAGCGUGAGCAGGAGUGCGAGUGCUCGGAGAGCGAGGCCGAGGAGCUGAGCGUCCCACGCAGAAAGAAGCUGAAGAGCACAUCCAAGUACAUUUACCAGACCCUUUUCCUCGCCGGAGAGAACAGCGACAUCACCAUUUGCGCUCUGGGACAGGAAUGGAACCUACACAAGAUCUACCUGUGUCAGUCUGGUUACUUUUCAAGUAUGUUCAGUGGAUCGUGGAAGGAGUCCAAUAUGAACUACAUAGAGCUGGAGAUCCCAGAUCAGAACAUCGACACUGAAGCACUGCAGGUGGCUUUCGGCUCCUUGUACCGGGACGACGUGCUGAUCCAGCCCAGUCGGGUGGUGACUAUCCUGGCAGCGGCCUGCAUGCUUCAGCUGGAUGGUUUGAUUCUACAAUGCGGAGAGACCAUGAAGGAGACAAUCAGUUCAAAAACAGUCUGUGGCUUCUACACAGCAGCCGGUACCUAUGGGCUGGAUUCAGUCAAGCAAAAAUGCCUUGAAUGGCUUCUGAACAACUUAAUGACUCACCAAAGCGUCGAACUCUUAAAGGAACUGAGCAUAGGCUUAAUGGAGAAGCUGAUCAGUUCCCCAGACUUGUUUGUGAUGCAAGUCGAGAUGGAUGUGUACACGGCUCUGAAGAAGUGGAUGUUCCUGCAGCUUGUGCCAUCCUGGAAUGGGUCUCUGAAGCAGCUGUUGACAGAUGCAGAUGCCUGGUUCACCAAAUGCAGGAAGGACACCUACAGCUGUGGCAGUUUCCUGGACACAGAACAAGGGCAGCCCUACGCUACGGUCUUCAAGCAUAUUCGAUUGCAGUACGUCAUCAAUGAUCUGACCUCUGCUAAAAUCAUUGAACGGGACAGGAUUAUUUGCUCAGAUUGGCUGUGUUCGGUGUACAAACAACAGUGGUUUGCGAUGCUGAGGACAGAACAGGACAAUGACUUGGGCCCGAAGGAAAUCAACAAGGAGGAUUUCGAAAUGCACAGCAUGCGGUGUGGGAGGAAGCUGGGCAAGGACGGAGAUUAUUGCUGGCGUUGGACAGGCUUCAGCUUUGGGUUUGACCUGCUGGUGACUUAUACCAAUCGCUUUAUCAUAUUCAAGAGGAACACGCUCAGCCAGCCCUGCAACGGAGCAGUCAGCUUACUGCCCCACAGAAACAUCGCCUACAGAUUAAGACUGGCAUCUUUUGACAGCAAUGGGAAAGUCGUCUGUAGUCGGACAGCUGGUUACCAGGUUCUGUCAUUGGAGAAAGAUCAGGAACAGAUCGUGUUGAAUCUGGACAGCAGACUCCUUAUCUUCCCGCUCUACAUCUGCUGCAACUUCCUGUACACAUCGCCAGGAGCCAAACCCGAGAGCGGAGACGAGACGGUUAACCCCGAAAACUCCGGGCUGGCCUGAGAGCAAGAGAGAGGGAGGGAGGGAGGGAGGAGAGAGAGCGCAGGCCCACUCUUCAGACUCCCCAACCAACAGCAACAGGAAAGCCUCUGCAUUUAUUGUAGGAGACAUUUGAGGUCUUGUUCGUUCACCGCAGUGGCUCCAGAGAGCAAUUGUUCCCAAGGGAAACGAAGAAGCUCUGCACGGACUGUGUGUGUUGUUUAUUUUGUUUUCCCCCCUUUGUAUAGUUUGUUUUUUAAAAGCAGAAGUGCCUCAGCCCGGGAUUGGGAGCUGCUCCGUAUGGAGUUCACCCUGAAGCCCGACUUACACUCGAGGGAUGUUACCGUUAGUUUGGCCGGAGAUGCCUUGAAACAAACUUGUAUUGUCUGCCGUGUUGGACUACAGUGCAGUCCGUCAGAACGUUUCCAGAACUCGUGCCUCCAGCUAUCAGACUACCACCUUCGCACGGCGACACCGACAGACCUUCUUUGUGGGUUAUUAGAGAGUGUGAACCGCGAAGCGCUUUGAGACCUCUCGAAGACGUGACAAGGCACUGCAUCAAAUGCAAGGAUUAUUAUAUUCCGAAUACACUAAAAUACACGAAUGGAGAGUUUUCCCGUUAAUCCAUGCCAGUUUAGCAAUCUCCGACAAGCACACAGGCCCCAAAUUCCUUACGGUCUUCGUCUUGAGGUUGAAACACGAUCUUAGAUAUUGUGCGUUGGAUUAUUAAAUGUCUGUAUUUUUGACAGUCGGUUUUCCUGCGGCUCUUUCGAAGAACUACGUGAUUUUAAAUCUUACUCUGAUGGGCUUCAGGUGAGGUGUCAGUCGGCCCGGCUCAGCGCACUUACCUUGCAGUCAGAAGCUUGCGCAUUCAGCCACCCUUUGGAACUCCAUCCCACACUCCCUUCGCCUUACCCCCC